AACUCGAUGGGGUUCUGAGCGAUGAAAUCUUCCCAAUUGCGUUAGACUAAACUCGAACUUGCCGUUAAUUGGAAUCAUGCGAGGACCCAUGUUAGGCUAGCGAAUCGUAGACGUGGGAAAGAGCCGGACGCACUGGGUACCUUUCACUUCCAACUCGAGAGUUUCCAAGUUCUCGCCUACGCAACGACAUGGUCAAUAACGCGUAAAACACAACCUAUACAAAUCGGUGCCAGAAGUUCACGGUUCCAAUGUCAAAACGCCCUCUUGAACACGAAAAUAUCGACUCCGAAUCUCAUGGUUCAGCGGGUAGGAAAAAGAUUCGACUCAAUGAUGGUGUUGGACACCCGUCUCUUCCGUCUAAACCUCAGGUUUACGAGUCUGAGAGAAAUAGUCAACAACCGACGGGAAAUCUACUCUCGUAUCCACCUCGAGACCAAAUUCAGAAGGCACCCCCGUUCCAGCUACCAACGCCUCUUAUCUCCUUCUCGUACGACGAAGAUCACGUUCAGGAAUUCACAGACAGCGCGUUACGUUACUAUAAACCUAUACCGUUAGAGUCUCUAGGCGGAAGAGGGCCUAGUGGUCAAGGAGGGAUCGGAAGAAGGGACCAGGGAACUCGCGGAGGGUAUGGCUAUGGUGUGGAUUUGAAUUACGGUUACGAGAGAUGGAUACGAAGACCAGAGGAACGCGGGAGACUGGAUCCGUUACUGAGGGCUGUCGAGAAGGUUUGCUUUAGAGGGGGAGACUCGGAAGGACACCAGGAAGGGAAAUUGAGGUUGAAGGAUAUCAGUAUCGUUGCAUGGAGGGGUGUCAUGACCAAGAUCUUGACAGCACCGUAUGAAGAACGAGAUGGGUGGUCGAUGAAUGUUAUGCUCGUAAAUGGGACGUUGUAUCUGGAGGAACAUCUUAAUGAGGAGAAAUUACUGGAUAAAAAUAACGUCGAGGACCGACAACGUCGAAAUAUGUAUUAUGGCUAUGCAUUCGAGAGUUUCUGUACGACAGAGCCUUCAUCCUCGGGUUCUGAGGGAAAUUCUUCCAAUGCCAAAGACGAGCAUUCAACGUCAACCUCUACAAGCCACAAGCAAGACGACAAAAAUCCAUUGUGGGGUGGCGAUGUCAACACGAAUGUGCAAUGGUGUAGUGUUGUCAAAACCAAACUGGGCGACAUGAGAAUCAUAAUUGGCGGCGAAGUCGAUUGUGUCAAAGGAAAUUACCAUCCUCACACGACGGACAACUUUGUCGAAUUAAAAACGUCGAUGACCAUACGAAAGUGGAACCAAGGGGAUGAGUUGCGGUUUGACAAGAAAUUGCUUAAAUUCUAUUUUCAAUCCUUCCUCCUUGGAGUUCCGGAAAUUAUUGUGGGAUUCCGGACGGCCAAAGGACAACUGGCAAGUGUGGAAUCGUUCAAGACUAUUGAAAUACCACGGAUGGUGCGAGGCAAGCCAGGAGGGUGGGAGCCCUCGGUCUGCCUAGGCUGGGGAUACAGAUUUCUACGGAGAUUAUUAGACACUUGUACUGAAGGGAGGCUAUGGCGGGUAGACUUCCUACCUGGAUCUGGUGCAAGGCUGCGAGAGUUGGCGGGCGAACAGACAGCAGAAGUAACGAACAACGAGGAGCGAGUGGGAUUCUUGCCGGUCUGGUAUCACGUAAAUAGACCAUAAGUGGAAAUCAUUUCCGGCGCCUGCGGAAACUGCCGAAUACGCGUCGUCGCGGUGGUGUGUGUGUGUGAUCAAUUUGUGUCUGACUCUGCUCUUCCUGCAUUAUCGCUGCUGCCAGUGCACGACAACGACGACGAGCAACUGUUGCUCAUCGGCUGCCACAUCGUCAAAGGACAUAUACCUCUCGCUUAGGACGCCUAUAACGCGCGACGAUGGCUACACCGACGUCGGAUGCCACGUCCCCUUCGCCGCCAAUGUCGUACAUGGUGCACCCACGACCCCUUUCCCCAGCGACGGACACUACGAAGGACGCAAUUGUGGACAAGUUUCUUGCCAGGGCUAAGAUCUCACAGGUCUCUCGCAUGCUUCGAGCCAAACUCUCACUCGCAUCCUACAAGGCUGCUCACAACAUCGGGCACAUCCCCCUAGCCGAGCUCGAGGCUCAAAUUCCUCCACACUUGCAGCCUCCAAUAUUACUACCAACAUCUACAACACCCUUUCGCAGCACUACAGUCAAGCGCAAGCCUUCUGCUGCUCCGGGUAACAGCCUCCUCCCACCACCUUCCUUCUCUCAUGCAUCUCGCAACUCUUCCUCAUUAAUUAAUGGUUUCGGAUCUUCACCUCUAGAUGCCCCUCACGCCUCUCAAUCACAUUCAUUAUUCACCUCCAUCUUGGCACCUCCCCCAACUUCACAAGCUCGCACCAUUUUCAAUGCCCAUGACCCCCCUAUUCCAGCACCUGUCAGACCCCCACCCUCGACUGUGACGAAGAGUAUAGCCGAAGGGACACGCGCUCAAGCGAAGGGCCGCGAUGUCCGCCGUCGUCCAUCUGGUCGUACAGCCGAAGCUACCGCGACGACAAGUUCACCGAAGCGAAAGGGCAAACGCCCUGCCCGAACCGAACUUAAGCCUGGGUCAUCCAAAAGGAGUCGUAAGAACG